GCUACAGCAGCAGCUGCUCCUCCAUGGACGCCCUCUCCGGCCGCCAGUCUGACCCUGGAGACGACUGUGCUUCCGUUAUCCUGACCUGCCUCUUCUGCAGGUUCUCCGAGCUCCUGCUCAUGCUACCGCCGCUCUGCGAGGCUGCACUGAGCCAUCGCUUCUCCGCCUCGGCCCAACAGCCGCCCGCUACCAACGACGACAUUGGCUGCGGCCUGGAGUUCGACUGCAGCGCGCUGGAGGUGUGUCUGGAGGCGGGCGAGUGCCUGGAGCUGGCCAUGGAGAUCUCUGAGAUCUGCUACCGCUGAUCCGCUAAAGGUGCAGGGGGAAGGGGUUUGGGCACGUCGGUUAUGAUGGGUGCAUGUCCUGCAUUACCCAGAGAGGGCAAGCGUUCUCCACAGAGCCACCGCAGAGCGAUCCCUGAAGACGUAUAGAUGGGGAUGUGUGCUUCCGGACCGUGGGACUCGAGUUUCCAUGCAUGAGUCAUCAGCGACGCAUCAUUUGAUCUGUGCCGCUCUCCUCUGGGCAUCCAGCACAGUCGAUGGCUGCCCUGGACACCAGGAUAUCACUUCUGCCUGAAGAGGAACGGCUGCAUCAGAAGCUUACUGGAGAAUUGGAAGAGAUUUAUGACUUCAAAGAACAAUAAUGGACACCUGCCCAACACGCUGGAUGUAAUAUUGAUCCGGAAAUCCUGAGAAGCCCCUGACGUCACUCCUUUCAGUGGGAUACGAACCCAAACAGCUUAAGUACAUACCUGUCUGUUUAUAUGUAUUGGAAUGCCUAUGUUGACCCUACGGCUCCCCCGGUGGACCAUCAGCUGCAUUGCAUGAACUGUCUUUGUCACCCUACAGCCAACACCCCCAGUCCCCCCUCCCCCACCCGCCUGGUCUUAAAGGCACAGCGCAGUCACAUAAUGAUAUACUCCUCUACUCCAGAGAAGCUGUUCUGAAUGCGGAGGACUCGCAGUCGUCAUCGCUGGACCACUGCCUCUGUCGACAGGCCCUCUGUAAAUUGAAGUCAUAAAGGACAUUCAUCCUUGAAGGACCCAUUGACCUAUGACCUCUCUGUCCUUCUAGAAUGUUCUUAUAAGCUGACUGUCUGCACGACUGUCGCUCGUCACAUAAGAAGACAGACGGAGAAGAGGGCGAAUUAAUUGCGGGAAUUAUGUAAAUUGUGGACGACACUGAAAGAUAUUUAUGUUCCGCUGAUAUGUUGGACUUGCGGAAUGUGCACAAAAUAUACUGUAUUAGGGAGAAAUGUGAUUGUACUAGCUUAGCUACUUGUAAACAAUAAUCAUAUAUGCAGACUCAAUGGCAUCUUGGUUCUAAAAAAGAGCACUGAACCGUUCAACGUGA